CGGGAGGGGCUGCGCCUGCCGGGCCGCCGCGCCUGCCCCCUCCGGCGGCCUGGGCGCAUGCGGCAGCGAGCAUAGCGCUGAGGGAGCCGCUGCUUCAGGGCGAGGGGAGGUUGGCCGGCGGACCGGGGGCGGUUCGGGACCCCUCGGGCGCUUCCCGCCACUCUUGCUUCUGGCGCCGCCAGGCUCGGCCGCUGUGUGCUAGGUUGGGCCCCAGCUGACCCUCUGGGCGCGGCGGGCUGGAGGGCUGUUCUUGGGCCGCCGGAAGGGUUACAGGGCCCGGGCGGCGAGGGAGGCUCGGCGCCGGGGCGGCGCAGGCGUUUCCCGCCGGACCGGGCCUGGACAGCCCGCUGCGGUUCUGCGGCCGGAGGCAGGCCAGGGCAGGGACGCGCCGCAGAGGGAAGCGCCCAAGUGACUCUCGUGGGAAAUAACGUACUGGAACAUGAUGCUUCUCCCUGACUGGGAGAUGAUUUACAGCCUGUAGCAAGCUUGUUGCUAGUCCUGUGAGAAAUCUGUAUUGACAGGAGGUGGGAAUUAAGUUACCACGUUUCUCUUGCUGUCCUAUUCAUCUGUGCAGUCAUGCUUUUAAUCCUUGUUGCAGGUAACUUGCAAGAUCCUUUGAAUCUGCAAGAAGGAGUCUCAGAAGCUACUGAAGGUGGGCUGAAUGAAAACUCCCAGAGAAAAUACCAGUGGGGAUGUCUCAAGAUCUUGAGGAAAAUGGUUCAUCCUCAGAAGAGGAGGAGAAAGAUACUGAAGAUGGGCUGGAGGAUCAUCCGUGUAUCAAGUGGACUGGUGGUGGCUGCAGGCGGAUUCCCAUCUUGGUGUUUCAUGCUGAAGCCAUUCUGACCCAUGAUCGCUACUUCCGCCUAAUUGGAGACCGCUACCACUUGUCCUUUAAGUUCAUGCGAACAGCCAGCCAUCUGGUUCGAAGCAUUCUGACUGCUCAUGGUUUCCAAGAGGUGCAUCCUAAUAGCAACGAUUAUAAUCUUAUGUGGACAGGAUCACACGUGAAGUCCUUCAUGCUGCGUUCCCUUACAGAUAUUCAGAAGGUCAAUCAUUUCCCUAGGUCGUAUGAACUGACACGAAAAGAUAGACUGUACAGGAAUGUCAGUCGUAUGCAACUGGCCCAUGGUUUCAAGACAUUCCAUAUCUUACCACAGACCUUUAUCCUCCCGACAGAGUACCAGGAGUUCUGCAAUAGCUAUUCUAAGGACAGAGGCCCGUGGAUAGUGAAGCCUGUGGCCUCUUCCAGCGGUCGAGGUGUCUACCUAAUAAACAAUCCAAACCAGAUUGUCCUGGAAGACAACAUCCUGGUUUCUCGUUACAUCAGCAACACUCUGCUCAUAGAUGAUUUCAAAUUCGACGUGCGCCUCUAUGUGCUGGUCACAUCCUAUGAUCCACUUGUCAUCUAUCUCUACGAGGAAGGAUUGGCCAGAUUUGCAACAGUGAGGUAUGACCAAGCAUCCAAGAACAUUAAAAACCAGUUCAUGCAUCUGACCAACUACAGUGUCAACAAGAAGAGUGGAAAUUAUGUCAGCUGUGAUGACCCUGAAGUAGAGGAUUAUGGAAACAAGUGGAGCAUGAGUGCAGUGCUGAGGUACUUAAAACAGGAGGGGAGAGACACUGCAGCACUGAUGGCCAGUGUGGAGGAUCUGAUUAUCAAGACUGUAGUUUCUGCUGAGCUGGCCAUUGCCACAGCUUGUAAAACAUUUCUUUCACAUCGUGGCAGCUGCUUUGAGCUGUAUGGUUUUGAUGUCCUUAUUGAUGACAGUCUCAAGCCCUGGCUUUUGGAAGUGAACCUAUCCCCAUCAUUGGUCUGUGAUGCUCCUUUGGACUUGAAGAUCAAAGCUAGUAUGCUUUCAGAUAUGUUCAGUCUUGUAGGCUUUGUGUGCCAGGAUCCAGCCCAGCGGUCAAGCCGGGCCAUUUAUCGUUCAUCUGAAUGUAGCAGGAGAAAUCCAUACCAGAAGCUGCAGCGUCCUGUGUCUGCGCAGUCGCAAACAGCAAACACCAGAUUGCGUACUCGUCCUCUGUCUGCCAGUGAUGCUGAAAUCAAAAACCCAAUGCCCUCAGGCAGGGAAAAAGCAACAGGAAGGCAAGGCAGCUCUGUGCCAGGUCUCUCUAUGGAAGAGAUAAAAGUUCUUCGUCGAGUGAGAGAGGAGAAUGAACGGAGAGGAGGCUUCAUCCGGAUAUUCCCUACUCCAUUAACAUGGGACCGUUACGGAUCUUUUUUAGAGCACAAGACGUCAAUGAACUACAUGCUGGCUACACAUCUCUUUCAGGAAAGAGCAGGUCUUAAUGAAAGUCUGGAUAUGGGGCUAGAAGCUGUAGACUCUCAUGCACUCUUUUAUGAGAGAAAGCUCAUUUCACUGGAGUUACGGAAAUGCCAGCGAUGUCGCGGCAAGUCUAGAACAGCACGGACGAGAUCAUCAGACACCCAGGUGAAAAGCCAGCCAAAGCUCUCUGACUUGGUGAAAACUGCUUGUAAGGAGAGGUUGCCAAAACAACUUGAUAAGAAAACUGGAGAUGGAAGAGAACUGAUUCUUCAAAAAACAGACUCAGAAUCUCAGUUUAAUUUGUUGCAGAUUCUUCGAAAGCAUGGAAACCUGAGCAAAGUGCAAGCUCGCAGAGCUUUCUCUGCCUACCUGCAGCUCGUUCAGUUGCGACUGAUGAAGGAGGCUAAUGACCAGAUCCAGAAUCCUGCCUGGGCUGCCAAAGAGGAUGAGCAAAUGGAGCUUGUGGUACGCUUUCUGAAGCGAACUGCCAGUAAUCUUCAGCAGUCCUUGAGGAUGCUGCUCCCCAGCCGCCGUUCAGGACUAAAUGAUCGUCGUCGUGUCCUAGCUCACCUCCUGGGCGAAUUCAUAAUCUGCUAUAACAAGUGUCUGCUGUGCACACAGGCCUCCAAGCUCCUAUUCGUUAGCAAAGGAUGUUCACUUACAUUACCUUGUCGAGAGCUGACAUCUGGUAACUUGAUCUGUCAAAGCAAGGAAACAGAGCAGAUGGCACAGAAACAAUCAAAAAAUAAACAGGAAGAGGAGGAAGGAGUGAAUCCUGAAGGUUUUCAGAACUUUAUUACCAGAGCAAGUGAAAGUGACCUGGAGGAAGUGCUCACAUUUUACACACAGAAAAAUAAGUCAGCGAGUGUCUUCCUAGGAACAAACUCCACAGGCACAAAACCCAGCAACACCAGUAAGCAGUCAGAGAAACAGCCUCAAGGUGAGCAUCCUGAAGUGGUGAAAAAAAUAAAAGAUGAUCAGCCCAAAAGUUCAGUUCCAGAUAUGCCUGCAGAAGGAGCAUUAACAGAAUAUAAACCCAAAGAAGUUAAGUCAACCUGUUUGUGCCAUUGCAGUCCUAGCGGGCAGUGUGUCGGCUCGGCCAGGAUGUACAAAAAUGCAGAAGAUACUUCGUCUCAGGGCAAACGUUACAGCCCCAGCUUGGUGGCAGCAGAACUGCAGCAGCUGGCAGAAAAGCAAGCAGCCUGUCGGUACUCCCCACCAAGCCUCAUCAGUCUCCUUACACAGCAGUUAACAAACCUGAACUUGGCAAGUGGAGCUAUAAGCAAGGGAAACGCAGCUGCCCCACAGAGCCACCAGUCACCACUCAAGAAAAGAACGUCAUUGUGGACUGUUCAGUCAGACACUCGUAUAGCUGAGAAAAGAUCUGUCUCUUCAGGAGUCAGGCUUCCAGAGAAUCAUUGUUUUCCCUGGGAAGGAGAGAUGGAGAGCAAUGUCUACAAGGUCACACAGAGUCCGCUGGCACAUCCCAACUACCAGGUCCAUUUUGCUGCACAGAAACUUCAGCCACGACAACAGCUGGAGCAAAGCCAAGCUCAGCACCAGGCUCUCUUUGCUAACUACUCACAAUCCAACACUAGUCCUGUGUCUGUGCCAGCUGGCUGUGAUGCCUGCAAGAGAUCAAAUGCCACUUCUCGUAUCCAGAAGGCAGCUAGUUUGCACAAAGUGAUGCCAUCCCAGAGUACAUCAUCUCAGCUGGUUCCAAAGCCUCCAGCAAGUCACAGCCAGGCAAUGGUCAGAAAGGCUGCAGCCCAGAGGAUUUCCAAGGUGACCUCUGUUGAAAAGCAACUGAGUGUAUUCCAGAACAGCCUUCACACUGCUGCAUCCUGUGAGCCAGGGAAAAAUUCCACAGCCUCCACUUGCAGAGAAGGACUAACAUUGAACAACAGAUGAGGAAUCCAGGAUGUUGCUUCAAGUAUAGGGCGAAGGAAAAAGCAACAGUCACUUCAUACCACCACACUCCCAUAGCACACAGGAAAGAGUGAAGAGGACAACCCACGGAGGAGUCUACCUCAGCAUCUGUGGAAGCUGGUGAUACACCUGCAAGCUGAGGUGAAUGAUUGCCUCUGACAGCUUUGGCUGCCGAGUCUUGGGAUCUCUUUCUUCCACCUCUUCCUGAUCACUAACUGUGAGAUCUUUCUAUAAGAUAGAGGUCCUCCAGCUGUCUGUAUUGUCAUAGAAUCUUAGAAUCGUUUCAGCUGGAAGAGACCUUUAAGAUCAUUGUGUCCAGCCUUUGUCCCAGCCCUAUCAACCACUAGACCAUUUCCCCAAGUGCAACAUCCAACUCUCUCUUAAACACUUCCAGGGACAGUGACUCAAAGUCUCAUUUGUUCAGACAUUUCAGUCAGUCCUAGUCCGAUAACAGCCAAGAUUCUCUCUUGUCAUCAUGUGGCAAAUAGCAGCAGAGAAAAAUAUUAGAAUACACCACUGAAGACAUCUGUGUUGGUUGCCAUCGUGAAUUUUGGCACAGAGCUGUAGAAGUGAUUGGUUUGAAUAAAGUCAUGUCAUUUGUUUGUUUUAAUUAUAAUUUGUUAUUAAUUCACACCCCCAAAAUAUUUGCUGUCGUUGCAUUGCACAGGAUUUCAAAUCUUGUUAUGUUUUGCUGCUGAAUGCUUAUGUUCUGUGUGGCUGAUUUGUGUGUUUUUAUUUCUGUUUGUUUAGGCUUUAUAAACUUAUUUUGUUGGCUGAUGUUUUCAGACCCAAGCUUGAAUCCUCAGCCCCAGGUGGCUCCUAUCAGUUGCAGUAGUGGCUUGGUGAAGCACUCCAGUUAAAAUUUGCCUAAUGCUAUGUAAACUAAUUUGCUUGUGUUAGAAACAGCAGCAGCAGAUGGAAAACGUAUUGGAGAGAAGAUCCACCCAUCCUUAAAAUGAACAGGAAGCAGCUUCAGCUCAGGGUCUUUGUUGGUGCCAGGCUAAAAGAAAACUCCAUAUUUUGUAACCUACGCCUUGUUAAAAAGCAAGUGGUAUGAUUGUAGUUCUCAAAGGGUACAAAAUCUCCUGUUAUUUGUAUCAGGGCCCUCAGAGAUUGGAUUCUAGCAGCCUGUUUGAUCUGUUUUCUUAUUCCACAGCUCCCCUGUCAUUUCUGGCCUGUAUA